AUGUCAUUCAGGUGGCGCCAGACGGAAGUAGACCACGUCAGCGGAGUCAUCAUCAGCCGCAGGUUCUAUAUCGUUGGCGGCCGCGGCCGCGACCACAGACAGUCCCUCGACAUCAAAGCGCCGGAAAAGGGGUGGAAAGUCCAUGUCAAGAUGCCCACUGGUCGUGGCGGACUUGCGCUCGGAGUUACCGGCGAUUACAUCGCCACUUUCGGAGGCGAAGACAACCCGACCCCACGUCAAACGGCGUGUUCAACGAGACGGAGGUCUACAGCGUCAAGGAAGACAGGUGGUUUAAGCAGCCGGCCAUGCCGCAUCCCAGGCACGGCACGGCGGCGGCCUCAGUGA